UGUUCGUGUACUUUUCCAAAACAAAACGUAUGAAAAAAAAUUGAAAAACGAAGCUGCAUAACAGACGGUGUACAUACAAGUUUAAAAAAAUUAACAAAAUCAGUUGAAAGUGUGAUUUUUUUGAGCCUUUGUCUGUAAGUGAGGAGAAAGCUUUAAGCGGAGUUAUAAAUAAAAGAAAAAAUACAUAAAUAAAUACGAAACAAACAGCCCGUCGCCAUUUUGAAAGUGAUUUUACAAUACAUACACACAUACGUAUAUAACACACACCAACACAUAGAACACACAUAUAAACGCAAAUACACACAUAAAACCCCAUCUAAAAAAUCUACAACCCGAUUUCCGUGCCGUUUUAAUACAAAAUUGUACAAUUUUAAUAAUUAAAAUCCGGCAGCAGUUAAAAUAAAGGCAACUUUUAAUAAUUAAACAACCGUUGGUGUAACUGCAUACGCGCAAAAAGCAUUGCAAUACUUCCUUUUGUCAUAAUCAGUAUAACAGAAGUGGCAAAGAAAACCCCCAGCUGCAAUCAAUAAAGCAACGACACACAUACAGCCGUCUUUUUCACUACCCCGCAUCCAGAGCGUGUGUGCAAGCGAGAUCGCGAUAGCAGCAGCCAACAACAACGUGUGUGUGAAAAGGUUUACAACUGAAAAGACCGGCCCCAGCUUGGAUGACAGCUACGACGAUAAGCAAAGCGCAGCACCGAUCGAUACAGGCAAGAGGGAAACUCAGAGUUUGCGAAAUUAGAGCUAAGAGAUAUCUUAACAAAACAAAACAAAAGAGAUAAAUCAACAGACUGAUAAACAAUAUAUAACGUUAAAAGUAUAACUAUAUAUUAAAGUAAAUAAAACAGAGUUGUAAAUAAAAACGAGACACAACCCGGACGCAGCUGAAAGAGAGCGCUACGCAUAAUCCUCGCUCGAAGUCGCACGUCGCAUGCCUUUUGGAGAGCGAGAGAGACAAAUACGGAGAGAGAGAGUGCUGGUGAGAACGUCACAGCGUUUGACCAAAGACACAUGUCAGUGCGACAAGAACAACAACAAUAGGAGCAGAAUCAGCGUAGCGGCAGAAAAGCAAUCAGCAGAAGCAUUAAGAGCAGAAGAGAGCAGGCACCGAGUUUGUUUUGUUUAUAACAAAUAUAAAUUGAUUGAUUUUAAGUGCGUGUGAUAUUUAACGUUAAGCAUUAAUUUAGCAAAUAACCAAAAACAAGAAUACGAAAAGGCAGAAAGCAGAAAUUUUAACAAGCCCAAGGAUAAUAGAGAGAGAGAGAGAUUGGAGAGAUAGAGGAAGCGAAUGCGCUUUUGGUGCAGCUCAGCGAGAAGUAAAGAAGCAAAAGAACGAAACUUAAAAGAAGUAUAAGCUCGAAAGGAGAAAGAACGAAAUUACUAUGACAUACUCGCACAAUAGCGUUAGAAAUAACAUCAAAAUGACAACAGCAUCAGCAACAAAGUCUAUACGAUUGAAAAAGGGCGCAGCAGGAGCAGGAUCGGCAGGAGCAGCAGCGUCGGCAACAACAACACCAACUGCAACAACAACAAGCACGCCACCAACUGCAAUUAUACCCUCGGUAACUGCACAUUCCAACAGUAUUGCCAGCAGUACAAAUUUCAACAACCAACACCACUUCCAUCAACAACAAUCAAACGCCUUAAGCACCACACCAACAUCAACAACAGGAGUAACCAGUGUCUUCAACACGCCCAACAAUAGGCAGCAACGUCAGCAGCAGCAGCCCCAAUCGGCGCCUCCUCGCAGUCGCCAGCGACAAUCGCCGCAGCAACUGCAGAUGAGCGGCGGUGGCGGCGGUGCCUUCUUUUUCGCCAACAACUCAAGGCGCAGCACCGGGGGCGGAUUCCACGGAGCCCGCUCCCCUCAAUCGAUGGUCGUCAAUCAAUCACCGGCAACAAUUUUGGGCGGAGGCUUUUCGCCUCCCACUGGUGUUUUUGGUUCAGCCGGCGGCUCAGCGCGCAAACAGCGCCGGAGCCCAACCACUUUUGGUGGCAAGGUGUCGCCACCACAUACACUCGUACCCACCGCAUUGACGCAUUUCGCCGGUAGCAAGUGUUUCGAUGCACCGGCGCCAACAGCAUUGCCCAAGCCGCCCCAGCACUGGACUCUGUCCAAAUCAGAGGAAAAGCAAUUGGUGGCCAGCAGCGCUGGUCCGGCACUCCAGUGCCUGCUGCGUGGCGGCUCGAUGUCGGCCCAGCAGUUGCAGAAACAUCAUCAUCAUCACCAUCAUGUGGUCAUCAAGUCGUCGAAGCGCAAUCUGCUCGAUGACUUCGAUACGCACAAUUUAAAAAUGUUGCUCAAUGUGCAGUCGUAACCACCAAGGCAGCAGAAAACACAAUGACAACAUCUACAAAAAACAAUAAUCGAGGCGACAGAUCAACAACAAUGUGAAAAUGGAGGACCCAGAACCCGUCAAUGAUUUGCAAAAA